AUGAUGUUGAAAGUGUUAUGCGCUAAUUAUGUGGUUAUAGUGGUAGCGGUAGUGGUGAAGGUGGUGGUGAAAGAGAUGGAGGUGAAGGUGGUAGUGAAAGAGGUGGUGAUGGAGGUAGAGGAGGAGGUGGCUAUUGUGGUGGUGGCAGCGGCAAUGGUGGUGGAGGUGGUGGUUGUGGUAGUGGUGGUGGUUGAGAUGGCGGUUGUGGAGGUGGAGGAGGUGGUGGGCGCAGUGGUGGAGUGGUGGUGGUGGAGGAGGAGGUGGUGGUUGUGGCGGAGAAGGAUGUGGUGGUGGUGGUAG